AUGGAUUCUUUAACAUAUUCCUCGAUGAAAUCCACGCUGACUCAAGCUCGAGGCUCGCUGAACUCGCGUUUGUCUGAAAUUGAGCCACUGGCUCUGCUCAUAGCCCCGCUUCUCACUCUGUUUCUCGCCCAGAUUUUCGGAUCUGUCCUCGGCGUUGUUCACGAGAAAGGCCUGAAAGCGUGUCUUCUGGGUCUUAUCAUGGGCUUCCUCAAGUGA